GAGAAAUCUGUACAUGAACCAAAGCGUGUUCAACGUGUUGGGGGAGACCCUGGCCAGGCUGCAGCAGGACGAAGAGGCCGAGAGGUGGUACAUCGCCGCUCUACAUGCCCAACCGGACCAUGUUCCUGCUCACAUUACAUAUGGCAAGCUACUGGCCAAGAACCAGAUGAGCAGGGCCGCCGAGGCGGAGCAGUGGUUCCGCAAAGCUCAGAGAUUAGCGCCGGAAGAUCCUAGUGUGUAUCAUCAUUAUGGUGAGUUUCUAGCUUCGAGGCGGCGCUACAAGGAGGCAGCAAAUAUGUACGAAAAAGCAGCUGAACUCCGACCUGACGACCAUGAACUAGCAGUAGCGGCGGCUACUGCGAUGCGACAGGCCGUUAGAUACCAGGAUGCGGAGAGAUGGUAUCGAAAGGCCGUUUCCAUCAAACCUACGGAUGCUCGCAGCCAUACCAACCUGGGAGCCAUCUUGCACCUCAACGGCAAGUACAGGGAGGCGGCAGAGAGCUACCGGGAGGCCCUGAGGCUCCAACCCAAUGACGUAACUACGCUGACAAACCUGCACAAGCUACACAGCGUGAUGACUUGA